CCGGGCAUCCUCUAUAUAUAGCCCAGCACAGACAGCUGCGCAGUCAGUGCCUGACCCAUAGGACAACAGAGGUGUGCAGAGCAGCCCCUGACAUACAGGCUUGCUGCGUUCUAGGGAGCCGCACUAUGACGCUGGGCUUGGAGCAGGCUGAGGAGCAGCGGCUGUACCAGCAGACGCUCCUUCAGGACGGCCUCAAGGACAUGCUGGACCACGGCAAGUUCCUGGACUGCGUGGUGCGCGUGGGCGAGCGCGAGUUCCCGUGCCACCGCCUGGUACUGGCCGCCUGCAGCCCCUACUUUCGCGCGCGCUUCCUGGCAGAGCCCGAUGGCGCACGCGAGCUGCGCCUGGAGGAGGUGUCGCCCGAAGUGGUGUCCCAGGUGCUGCACUACCUGUACACAUCGGAGAUCGCGCUGGACGAGGCAAGCGUGCAGGACCUCUUCGCCGCGGCGCACCGAUUCCAGAUCCCGUCCAUCUUCACCAUCUGCGUGUCGUUCCUUCAGAAGCGCCUGUGCUUGGCCAAUUGCCUGGCUGUCUUCCGCCUCGGCCUCCUACUAGACUGCGCGCGCCUGGCGGUGGCAGCGCGCGACUUCAUCUGCUCGCGCUUCCCGCUGGUGGCGCGCGACAGCGACUUCCUGGGGCUCUCCGCUGACGAACUGAUCGCCAUCAUCUCCAGCGACGGCCUCAAUGUGGAAAAGGAGGAGGCGGUGUUCGAGGCGGUGAUGCGCUGGGCCGGCAGCGGCGAUGCCGAGGCACAGGGAGAGCGUCAGCGCGCACUGCCUACCGUCUUUGAGAGCAUUCGCUGCCGCCUGCUGCCUCGCGCCUUCCUGGAGAGCCGCGUGGAGCGCCAUCCACUCGUGCGCGCCCAGCCCGAGCUGUUGCGCAAGGUGCAGAUGGUGAAGGAUGCACAUGAGGGCCGCCUCACUACACUACGCAAGAAGAAGAAGGAGAAGGGCGAGAAAACCGUCCAGGCCAAGGAGGCCAACCAGGGCGCAGCAGACGCCAAGGCUGAGGACGAUGAGGAACGCGUACUGCCUGGGAUCCUCAACGAUACCCUACGCUUCGGCAUGUUCCUGCAAGACCUCAUCUUCAUGAUCAGCGAGGAGGGUGCAGUGGCCUACGACCCAGCCGCCAACGAAUGCUACUGUGCAUCUCUGUCAACCCAGAUCCCCAAGAAUCACGUCAGCCUGGUGACCAAGGAGAACCAGGUCUUUGUGGCCGGUGGCCUCUUCUACAAUGAGGACAACAAGGAGGACCCUAUGAGUGCUUACUUUCUGCAGUUUGACCAUUUGGACUCUGAGUGGCUGGGUAUGCCGCCAUUGCCCUCACCACGCUGCCUCUUCGGCCUGGGGGAGGCUCUCAACGCCAUCUACGUGGUCGGUGGCCGGGAGCUCAAGGACAGCGAGGACAGCCUGGACUCAGUCCUGUGCUAUGACAGGCUGUCAUUCAAGUGGGGUGAAUCGGACUCACUGCCCUAUGCAGUAUACGGCCACGCGGUGCUUUCCCACAUGGACCUCGUCUACGUCAUUGGCGGCAAAGGCAAGGACAGGAAAUGCUUAAGCACGAUGUGUGUCUAUGACCCCAAGAAGUUUGAGUGGAAGGAGCUGGCGCCCAUGCAGACAGCCCGCUCACUCUUCGGGGCCACCGUCCAUGACGGCCGCAUCUUUGUGGCUGCAGGGGUGACAGACACAGGACUUACCAGCUCCACGGAGGUGUACAGCAUUGCCGACAACAAGUGGUCCUCUUUUGAGGCCUUCCCACAGGAGCGCAGCUCGCUCAGCCUGGUCAGCCUAGCUGGCACUCUCUAUGCCCUGGGUGGCUUUGCCACUCUGGAGACCGAGUCUGGAGAGCUGGUCCCCACGGAACUCAAUGACAUAUGGAGGUUCAAUGAGGACGAGAAGAAGUGGGAGGGGGUUCUGCGGGAGAUCGCCUAUGCGGCCGGCGCCACUUUCCUCCCUGUACGCCUCAACGUGCUUCGCCUGACCAAGAUGUGACCAGUGCAAGGCCUAACUGAGCCUCCUUCCCGACCUGUGGCCUCACAACAAAUGCCUGGCGGGAUCCAGAGAGGAGCUGGAUCAGUCAGGAAAGUGACGGAAGGGAUUUCUCCAUGUCUCCUCAAGGACUGAAAAGCUAGGCAGGCACCCCAGGCUGUGUUCUGGCUCUGCCCAUGUUGGCUGUGUGUGCCCAUUACGUCUCCUAAGGGACUCAGUGUCUGUGCCCAUCAUAUGGGAGUGUCUGUUGUUGGUACCUUCUGGUGUUAACCCAGACCUCCCUUAGGAAGCCCAGGGGCAAUAAACUGCCUUCUGAGCAUCUAA